AUGUCUCAUCGUCAUCCUUUGGAAACAGAAGUACUCACUGCUUUGUAUCACUAUCUCUCCAAAAAGAACAAGAAUUUAGAGUCUUGUCCUUGCGUGAUUGUGCCUCAAACAAUCGUGUACGAGCACAACUUUCCUACAGUUUGGUACCAACAAACAGCAACCAAAGAAUUCAAAAAGAAAAGCGGCAAGGAAUUGGAAACAAAGGCGAUCAUGAAUGAAUUUACUCGAAAUAUUGUCAUGUCAAGAACGGGAACAGCAACGGCAACAACUGUAGAGCAAGAUCCCUCCACAGCUGCAACUACAACUCAACCGUCCGCUCAAACAAGUGAUCCGAACAAUUCGGCUGGUUUGGCCUCAAACGAUCAAAAUGUAAUGAUGAACGACAACCACCAUGGCAUUGUUGCUCAAUUUAUUUCUCAAACAGAGGACGAAAAAACGGGAGAAAUCAUUAACAAUGUUGAGUUUCUCGACGUAGAUUCUUUGGACGACUUUUUGUUCAAAAGAAAGAAAAGAGACAAGGGAAUUUUACAACAGUUCAUAACUCCAAAGGGGCCAUACAACUUUGUCAUUCAAGCUAUUUGGUCUCCUCAUGUUACCAAGAUUGAAAGACGUGUAAAUAUUCAUAGAAUUACAGAUAGAAAGAAUUAUACUCCCUAUGAAAGAGCUGUUACCUACGAAGGACCAAGUCACUACAGCAAUGAAGUAUUCUGUGCCCCACAUUUAGAAAAGGAAAUUAAGAGAGUUUGCAGUGCUAUUGUGGACCACUUUUUUAGUGUUGAACAUAAGAAUAUUACCAGAAUGGUCUUGUAUUUCAAAGUUGACCCUAAAAACAACUUGUACUUGUUGUGGAGUAGCAGUAUUAGAAUUGGUAAUCAAAAAACAGACAAACCCUCGAUUGUUACCAUGAACAGUGGAAGUCUACAACCACCAACUCGAGAACCUUUAAAUUUAUCUCCCAAAUUUUCAUACAGCCAUAAUGAAAGCCAAGAAGGAGCAGGUCAAGAUGGGUCUAAGACAAACGUGAACAACAGCUAUGACUAUGGUGAUGUGUUGGACAAAUUAGACCAAACAAAAAAGCCAAAAAAAACAAAAGCUAGUAAGAUUGACACCAAUUCCUCCAUUGCUUUAACUGAACAAUCACUUGACAACGGAGCAGGUGAUGAUCUAGAUGGAGUUGUCAAUGACACAAACGUUGAAAAGGAUGAAGAAUUCCAAAAAUUGAAACAAGAUAUUCAGCAAGAAUUAGAUGAUUUAUUGUACAAGGCAUACAGCCAUUUUCUUCACAACAGCGAAAUUGACGAACAAACAUUGGAGUUUUCGUUCCUUAUGCCUCCUAUUUUGUUGAAGGCCUUUGGAGAAGCAAACCUGACCCAACUUUUUUCCAACAGAGAUAUGAUUUUGAAGAGAAGCAAUGCAGAGGAUGGCGUGUUUAUUUUGAACUUAAAACAAGCAUCAUCCAUGAAUAAGCUGCAGCAUGAAUUCAAUACUUUCAAAGAGUAUCUGGUAGAAUGCUUUGAAAGUGAAGGGUAUUAUGAAUCAAAUUUUAAAGAACAACAAUGA